GCAUUUCUGGACGCGAUUUGUGCUCAUCCAAUUUUGUAUGCAAGCCCCAUGGUUGCCAAUUUUCUUGGAAGCUUCACUGAAACAUACAUCGAUUUGCAUGAAUGGAUUUUGUUGUCGUUCCGCGAUAAGCGUGACUGGGCUCUCGAGCAACAACGGAAACAGUGUGGUUGGCGCGCUGGAAAAGUGCAUUAUGAAGUUCGAAGUGGUCGCUCGAGGCUCCUGCUUUCUGGCAUUCGUUACGGGCCCGAUCGUUUCGGCUCCCCGGCCGAGCUGAACACUGCGCUUGAGUUUCUGCACAGCUUGCAGUGCCCGUAUUUGAAUGAAAGUGUUGCAAGCUGGGCUACUGAUGCUGGAAUCCUGUAUGUAAGGCCAAUCUUUAAAAAUGGGACAUUGCGCGAUCAGCUGUACAAGGUAUGCUUUACUGAAUGUUGA